AUGGCCAACGACCCGGUGACUCCUCCGCGCCGGCCUCAUGUCAACGGCCUGUCGAUGACUGAAUAUUCGUCAAUACCGACUCCCAAGACUGAACGAGCUGAAGGAAUAGUCAGGGAUGGCUCCAAAUCAGUUCCUGAUGAUUAUAUUCUGCCUACGGGCUACCCUGACUAUUUGCGAUUGAUUCUCACGUCACGCGUAUAUGAUGUCGUCGAAGAGACACCUUUACAACAUGCUACUAAUAUUAGCAACCGGUUAGAGUGCAAUGUUCUAUUGAAACGAGAGGACCUAUUGCCUGUUUUCAGUUUCAAGUUGCGAGGAGCUUAUAACAAAAUGGCGCAUCUGAGUCAGGAACAGCGAUGGAAGGGAGUCAUUGCAUGUUCUGCAGGCAACCAUGCGCAAGGCGUGGCUUAUUCUGCCCGCAAACUCAAGAUCCCGGCCACCAUCGUCAUGCCGUCCGGCACCCCAGCAAUCAAACAUCUUAACGUCUCGCGUCUCGGCGGUAGUGUCGUUCUACAUGGCAGUGAUUUUGACGCCGCUAAAGCAGAAGCUCAUCGAUUGGAAAAGGUUCACAAUCUAACCAACAUCCCACCUUUCGACGACCCUUACGUUAUCGCCGGCCAAGGAACCGUUGGCAUGGAAAUCGUGCGCCAAGCCAAGCUACACAAUCUUGAAGCAGUCUUUUGUUGCAUUGGAGGCGGUGGACUCAUUGCUGGCGUGGGAGCUUAUAUUAAGCGCAUUGCACCUCAUGUGAAAAUCAUCGGAGUCGAGACAUAUGACGCCAAUGCGAUGGUACAGUCGUUGAAGAAGGGAGAAAGAGUGAUGCUCAAAGAAGUCGGUCUCUUUGCGGACGGAGCUGCUGUCAAGUUGGUCGGCGAGGAGACUUUCCGCAUCUGUCAAGACGUUGUCGACGACAUUAUCCAAGUUACAACCGACGAGAUCUGCGCAGCUAUAAAGGAUGUCUUCGAGGAUACUCGUUCCAUCCUCGAACCAGCUGGCGCGCUUGCCCUUGCAGGUUUGAAGAAAUAUGUUGCGACAAAUCCCGAUCCCAACCCACAGCGAGAGCUCGUGGCAGUCACUUCGGGCGCUAAUAUGGAUUUCGACCGUCUUCGAUUCGUUGCCGAGCGGGCUGCACUUGGGGAGAAGAAGGAGGUUCUACUGAGCGUCACCAUUCCCGAGAAGCCUGGUGCAUAUGCUACCUUGAUCGAUAUCGUUACACCUCAUUCAAUCACCGCUUUCAAUUAUCGCUUUGGUCGUGAAGACCUCGCCAAUGUGCUUAUGGAACUCGAGAAAGCCGGCAUGAAGGCCUCCGAUCUUAGUGACGACGAACUCGUCAAGACACACAUUCGAUAUCUGGUCGGCGGACCUAGCGGCGUCAAAGACGAGCGUCUCUUCAUGUUCCAGUUCCCCGAACGACCGGGUGCACUCCAGCGAUUCCUUGGCCACUUGCGUCCAACCGAUAAUGUGACUCUAUUCCAUUACCGAAACCACGGUGGAGAUGUCGGCCACGUCUUAGCCGGUAUUCAAUGCUCUCCAUCAGAGAACGCCGAGUUAACUCGCUUCUUGAACGAGCUCGGGUAUCCUUAUGAAGAAUGUACCGACUCUGCGGCUUAUAAGAUGUUCCUCCGACAUGACUAA